AUGGCCUGCAGAGCCGAGCCUGAGCGGAAACCUCAGAGCUUUAUAUUAACACUUCUCUCUGAACAGAUAGACAAACUUAAGGAGGACGAAUCUGCUCUACAUGUGACUAACUCUGCGCCUGAAGUGAUCCCUGAUGCAGUUCUGCAGGUAGAAGGAGAGAGUUUCUAUGUGAACCGUCAAAGACUCGCCCUCCAGAGUCCUUACUUCAGGGCUUUGUUUUUUGGCGGCGGCCUAGAGAGCAGCAAAAGGAGAAUAGAGAUUAAAUGUGUGAGUGUGAAGCAUUUCAGGGUUUUAAUGGACUACAGCAAGACUUCCAAACUAGUUUUGGACAGGGAGAAUGUUCUGGGGAUCCUUGAGACGGCAGACUUUUUACAACUGGAGCGAGCCAGGCUGCUGUGCUGCAAGUUCCUGGAGCGCGAGCUGCACCUCAGUAACUGUCUGGGGAUGAUGAGCUACGCCUGGAGCCUGGGCUGCACUCAGCUCCACAACGCUGCUCGCAAUGUGGCGCUCACACACUUCUCUGCUAUCACCUCAGAAGAGGACUUCCUGUCCCUGUCUAAGGAGUCCGUAGCAGACCUUAUUGCUUGUGAUGACCUUGCCAUCCAUACAGAUGAUGCAGCCCUGGAGGCCACCCUACGCUGGGUGUCGUUUGACCCCAAAAGAGAGGAACAUUUCCUGGAGCUGAUUCAGUUAGUGAGGCCGGAGUCGCUCUCUUUACCGUUCAUUACUCAACUUUUAGUGAAAAUGACGAGCAACGACCCCAGAGCCAAGCUCAUCUGCAUGCUGAAUGAACAUUUCCCAGAGUCCUGGUCCAUGGGCAGGUCGAUGACGAGGGCCAGGGCCAGAGAGACCCUCUUUGUUCUGGGAGGACCCCACGAUACGGAGCAGCAGCCGCUCUAUCAGUUCCACCCGCUCAGCGGCCGGUGGCAGAGCUGUCCCCCCCUGCAGAGGAAGAACCUCACACAGUACUCAGUAGCUGCAGUAGGAGACAAUGUGGUGGUGACAGGCGGACACUUCCGGGACGUCCUGUGGUUCUGCGUGGACUGGGUCCGGAUGUUUGACUGUGGGAACCAGGUCUGGGUGGAGGGUCCCGUCCUGCAGACGGCCCGGCACAGCCACUGCUCCGCGGGUCUGGACUCGGUGCUGUACGUGCUGGGGGGCAGCGUGGACGAGGGGCUGCUGGGGGACGUGGAGAGGCUGGUUCUGGGGUCAGAGGAGUGGGAGGAGGUCAGCCCGAUGGUGAGAGCCGUGGAGAGGGCCGCCUCUGUGGCUAUGGACUCCUGCAUCUACGUGGCGUGUGGACUGGAUGAGAACGGGGAGGUGUACGCGGGGGUUCAGAGGUACAGGGUGAAGGAGGACCAGUGGGACGUGGUCUCAUACUCUCCAUUUCCACGAUAUGACCUGGUCGCCACAGAGCUCAACGGGGCCCUCUACCUGUUUGGAGGCCAGGCGCUGCGUUUUGACGUGGAGACGGACGAGUGGACGGUGCAGGAUGAAGAGUGUCUGGACAGGAAGUUCUUCUGCGGCUGCACCACCGUCAGCGGGCAGAUUUACCUGCUGAGCGAGAGGAAGAGCAACAAAGCAUUCCCCAACAUGGUGCUGAUGGACCCGUACAUAGACACCUGCCUCGAGGUGGAGGACGCCAUCCCCUGCCCGGUGCCCCUCAGAGGCUGCGUCACCAUGAGGAUGGUCACGUGAUGGACACCAUGGUGCAAGAACA